AUGGCGCAACUCCUCCUCGAUCUCGUCACCUCCUUUGGCAACUGCCUGAGCUGCUUCCCCGGCUCGCCCACCCUCAAGAUCAACAAUCGCAGUUUCAAGAUCUUGCGGCUGCUAGGCGAGGGCGGCUUCUCCUACGUCUACCUCGUUGAGGACACAUCCACACAGGCGCAAUACGCCCUCAAGAAGAUCCGCUGUCCCUUUGGCGCCGAGUCGGUCGCCCAGGCCAUGCGCGAGGUCGACGCCUACCGCCUCUUCGGCCGCACCCCAGGCAUCAUCCACGCCGUAGACCACGCCGUGGCCUCGGAGCGCGGCGGCGGCGGUGACGACCCCGGCGCCAAGACGGUCUACGUCCUGCUGCCCUACUACAAGCGCGGCAACCUCCAGGACCUCAUCAACGCCAACGCCGUCAACAACGCCACCUUUCCCGAGCGCCGCCUCAUGCUCCUCUUCCUCGGCGUCUGCCGCGCCCUGCGCGAGAUGCACCACUACACCGGCACCGCCGCCGCCCCGGCUCCCGGCGCCCCCUCGGAACCGAUGGAGAUGGGCCACGGCGACGAGGAUGACCAGGGCCACGGCCCGCGCCGCGGCCGCGCCGGCGUCCCCGACGACGAGGACGCCGAGGCCCAGGAAGCGCCCCUCAUGGCCCCGGCCACGCACGCCUCGUCGCAGCCCGGCGGCGGCGGGCCGCCCUCGUCGUACGCCCACCGCGACAUCAAGCCCGGCAACAUCAUGAUCACCGACUCGGGCAACGCGCCCAUCCUCAUGGACCUCGGCUCCCUCGCCGCGAGCCCGCUGCCCAUCACGUCGCCGUCCCUGGCCCUGCAGACCCAGGACACGGCCGCCGAGCACUCGACCAUGCCCUACCGCGCCCCCGAGCUCUUCGACGUCCAGACCGGCGCCGUCAUCGACACAAAGGUCGACAUCUGGUCCAUGGGCUGCACCCUCUACGCCUGCCUCGUCGGCAAGUCCCCCUUUGAGGCCCGCUCCGACGAGACGGGCGGCAGCCUGUCGCUGUGCGUCCUCAACGGCGACUGGCGCUUUCCCGACGAGGGCGUCCGCCGCACCGCCACCGGCGGCAUGAAGGCCCAGGCUGCCGCCGCCGCCGCCGCCGCCGCUGCUGGCGGUGAGUCCGCCGCUGGCGGUGGCAGUGGCAAUGUCGUCAUUAGCGAGUCCAUACGCAACGUUGUGAGGAGGUGUCUGACCGUCGAGCCCGCCGAGAGGCCUGACAUUGACGAGCUCAUCGACAUGGUGGAGAAGGUCAUUGACGAGUUGCCCGGGGACGGCGAGGCGUAG